AUGUCAUGUGGUAAGAUCUGGUGCUUGGCUCCUACAUCGGCGUUUCAUCGACAUCCUUCUGAUAACAUCCAGCAUCAUCCAAAAGGAACAAGAGGUUACCAAAUUCGACAUGUGAAAGCGACGAUCUUCAGUCAAAUUUGCGAUAGUCGAGAAUGUGGAUCUGUAAAGUAUGAGAGACAAAUGGGUAUCGGAUACUCUAUUUACGUUCCGAUUGAACAUGUCGGAAAGAGCCAGCUUCGUAUAUCUACGUCAGGAAAUGAACAUGAAGAAAACAUGACAUCAUGA